AUGGAUACAAAAAAUACCGUUCUCGCAGUCGGAGUUGUUUGCUACUUCCGCAGAUCGAACCUUGAGAGGGAAAAGAUUGUGCUUCUUCUUCAAGCAGCAUCGACGUUCGGACCUAUGGUUCCCACCCACAGGAAGAGAAUUAUGGAUACAUCUCCAAAGGAAUACUUUGAGUUUUGGCUUUACCUGGAGAUUCCAUGUAGUUGUCCACAUUUUCUUCUUGAUGACUGCUCCAGUACUGCUCUCCGGGCUUGCUUGCUUCAUCUUCUUUCUAUCCAGCACAGCAUUAUAGCAGGAUUUAACAGAGAAGUUGCCACUUUUUUCUUUCACCAAGAUGAACCUAUCCCUUCUCCACUUCAGAAACUCUGCCAAUGCGGCCUUGAAGCUUACAAUUUUUUAGAUUUUACUAUUGUGUCCCCCAAAAAACUAUCGGUUACUGUUUCUUCUUGCACCGUCGGUGCAAAUCUGUUUGACCGCUGUCGUUCUCCCUACAUCCGCCGGCAAUUGAGCCAGCGGCCACCGCUAUCUCACGAUUCCCUCAUCGUGCUUCUUCUUUUGCCCCUGUCGAUACCGGCACUACGGCUUCUUUUGAACCUCCGAAUGGGAUCCGAUCCCAAAGAAAGCAUUGCUACUCCAUGUAGCAGACACUUUUCAAAAUUGACCCGAAAUAUAGAGACCAGUGAGAAGGUUGCAAUCAAGAAGAUACACAAUGCCUUCAAAAAUAGAGUUGAUGCUUUGAGAACCCUACGCGAGAACCUUCAACAUGAGAAUGUUAUAGCUCUUAAAGAUGCAAUGCUGCCUAAUCACAAGGGGAGUUUCAAGGAUGUGUACUUGGUUUACAAGCUUAUGGACACCGACUUGCACUAG